CAAGCUGUAGGAGGAAUAGAAACCUGAUGCUUUUUUUUACCUGAGCUACAUCACAACUCAACAGUCCUCGUAUCAUUGUGUACCAAGGACCUUGAGGCCAUCACGCUAAACUGGAAUUACAGACACAACAGCUUCCAACCUCACCAUGGGAGAUUACGAAACAAACUUCUCCUAUGAUUACGAUUAUAAUGACGAGGUCUGUAACAAGGACGGUGUCGUCAAGUUUGGCUCCAUCGCCACCCCUGCCUUCUUCUCUGUGGUGACCACCCUGAGUCUUUCAGGCAACAUCCUGGUCCUGGUCAUCCUGGCCAAGUACGAGAACCUCAAGUCUCUCACCAACAUCUUCAUUCUCAAUUUGGCCCUAUCUGACCUGUUGUUCACCUUUGGCCUGCCCUUCUGGGCCGCCUACCACAUCUGGGGCUGGACCUUUGGCUGGUUCCUCUGCAAGACCGUCACCUUUGUCUUCUACGCAGGCUUCUACAGCAGCGUUUUGUUCCUGACCAUCAUGACGAUCCACCGUUACCUGGCUGUGGUGCAUCCUCUGUCCGACCACGGCUCCCAGAGGGGCUGCUACGGGGUCACCAUCUCUCUCAUCAUCUGGGCGAUCAGUUUUGGGGUGGCCAUCCCUGCUUUGAUUUUCAGCUCUGUCCAAGAGAAUCCCCAUGAAGGAGACAACCAUUUGCAUUGUGAAUACAGCGUUCCACUGUGGAAGAAAGUGAGCAGCCACCAACAGAACAUCUUCUUCUUGGCUGCUUUUGCAGUGAUGGGUUUCUGCUAUGUAAGAAUAUUGGGGGCAAUCUUCAAGUCAAGGUCACAUAUGAGGAAUCGAACCGUGAACCUGAUCUUCAGUAUAGUGGCAGUAUUUUUUCUUGGCUGGGCGCCUUACAAUGUGGUGAUAUUCCUGAGGUUGUUGACUGACUACUCUGUAGCACCUUUCAAUGAUUGUGAGGUCAGCACGAGGCUUGACUAUGGGUUCUACGUGUGCCGACUCAUUGCUUUCUCCCACUGCUGUCUCAACCCUGUCUUCUACGUAUUUGUUGGGAUUAAGUUCAGAAAUCACUUGAAGGUUAUUCUGCAGAAACUUUGCCGUCGCCAAAGCACCAUAGAUUCACAACAGAUUAGAGUGGCUAAUGUUCACUCAAGGGGAUCAAUGUACUAGUCUGGCUCAGAGCACCAUAGAGUGAGCAGACUUCCAUCCAACCAUGAUCAAUUGUAAAUGUUCCUUUUUGCUUUUUCAAUACAUUUUGAAUUUUCCUUUUAAUCUUUUAUUUCCAUAACUUUUUAUAAUUGUAAACAUAUUCUGUCAUUUUGUCUUGUUUUUUUUAUUUUAUUCUGUUGUUAAUCCCACUAUUGGUAUUUUAACUAGGGUUAAAAUAAUCUGUGUAAUGUAUGAGUACAAUGUAUCAAAAGCGCUUUUCAAAUGAAGUUAUUAUUGAUCUGAAACAUUUUUACAGUAUGUGUACUACAGUGGAUAUUAGGACAGAUACAGAAGAGGACAAAUUCCUAAUUACAUCUUCAAAUAUGGGGAUGUAGAGUAGACCAAGUGGUGUUGGGGGAUAGGCUCCCCAUAGGAGCAGUACCACUUUGGCACUGCCAUUGGGACUUUUUCAUAAGGGUGUGCAGCACUUUUUCUGUUUCAGAGCUUCAGCUAGGGUUCCACUGCCCUCUGCUGGGGAAAGAGAGAACAAAUAAAAUAAAAUAAAGGUUUAGAAGGGGUACCC